UUUUUUAUCACAGCUGGCUGACGAGGUCGAAACACCAUGACGGAUAAUCAUACGGAUCCAAUGUCACGUUUAUUAAAACUUGCAAACAAAGUCAAUUGCUUUUAUCUGUCAGGGUUCCAUACAGGUAAAUGCAGAGCCUUUGUUGUCGAUGGACAGCAAGUUGGGCUUGUACGACCAGAUGUUAUGACAGAGUUAUUAAAUCAUCCAAAAGUAUUUCAAGUGGAUCCUGAGUUUGUACAACUAAAUCCUGCAUUCCGGGAUUAUGACGAAAGAAGUGCUCGUGUGGAAGAAGUACUACGAAAAUGGAAGGCGGAUGAAAAGUUUAUAACAUUACGCGGUUGGAGGGAAGAAUAUUAUGAAGUCCGUGCUCAAUUUAAUGCAAAACCUUUAUUUAAAAUGGAUCGAUCUGCAACAUGUUUAUUUGGAAUUCGUAAAUACGGUGUUGAUAUAAAUGGAUAUGUUAUGGAUCCUAUAAAAGGUUUGUCAAUAUGGUUACAAAAGCGUAGUCCUAAUAAGCAAACAUGGCCCGGAUAUUGGGACAAUAUGGUCAGUGGUGGAUUAAGUGUUGGUUUUGGUAUUAACGAAACUGCUAUAAAAGAAGCUGGAGAAGAAGCCAGUAUCCCUAAGAAUCUUAUUGAAAAAUUAAAAAGUGUUGGAUGUGUUUCAUUAUUCUUCGAAAGUGAAAGAGGAUUGUUUCCCAAUACAGAAUUUGUUUUUGAUCUUGAAUUGCCGCCAGAUUUUAUUCCAAGUAAUAGUGAUGGAGAAGUAGAAACUUUCGAAUUGCUUCCAGUAAAUGAAUGUUUAGAAAGGAUAGCUUCUACAAAUUUUAAAACUACAUCAGUCCCAGUUGUACUUGACUUUUUAAUUAGACAUGGAUACAUUACUGCAGAGAAUGAGCCUAACUUCAUACAAAUUAUGGAACUCCUUCAUGUUCCACUGCAAACCAUGUACAAUCACCCUUUAAAAAAAUGUAAAAUUACUGCCAAUGGAGAAGCAACUGAGACUCUAGAAAAAAAAAGAGUUUAGGUUUAAUUAGAUAAUUAUUUUUCUGCAUGAUUUGACUAGUUGUUGAAGCAACUUAAGUUUUCGGUUUAAUUUGGAUUGGCUUUUAGUUUUAAUGCGUAAUCAUGUUAUUUUUUUUUUUUAAAUCAGAUAUAUGUAUUUACCAAUUAUAUUUAUU